AUGUACUCAAUGUUUUCUAGUUUUAAUAUUGGUUCAUCAACCACAAGACUCUCUCACAAGGGAGGUAGAACAAAAUCAAAGUCCAUAACGUCCUCAGAUGCUUCCAGCUCCAUAUUCGAUAACAGUGGAAUCUCAAGAAUAUCUAGUAGAUCUUCUCUUUCCCUACAUGAACAUCUCUCUUCUUCACCUCCACAAUUCAAAAUAAUUCACGAACAUAAAGAAUUUCAACCUCCAAAGAUUCCUGAAUUCGAUGAUGCAGAGAAUGAAUUUCUAAUACAUAUAGACCCAUAUCCAGUGGAACCUCCAAGAUAUGAUACCAUGAACCCAAGUAGGAAAAUUUCAUUCCCCAUAUACGAAACUUAUCACGAUACCAUUCAACAGCCCGCACCACCAAGCUAUUCUCCAGCAGUGGACGAAAUUACUUUAGUCUCUAUGAAAUUAGAAUGGGAAUCUCCAAUGGCACCCAUCAGAUAUGCUGCUCAAAGAUGGAAGAUUGUACUCAUGGAAGUUAAUUCCACACAAUUAAAUUUUUACGAUGUGGAUGCACUUUUACAAUCUCAACUAAAGAAAACAAUUGGCCCAAGGAAGAACUCAACCUUAUUUGGAAUGAACAAUAAUAGAAAUGAAGAUAUUACUUUCCAAUCUUACACAAAGUCGGACAAUGAGAAAAUUUGCCAAUUGAUAAGGCGGAACAAAUCUAAAUAUUUGCAUGAUGCCAAUCUCGUGAAGAGUUACUCUUUACAAUUUGGAAGAGUUGGUUUCCCCACUGAUCUAUCGUCAAAGAACAAGGGGAAAAGAACCUCUGAUCCUAUUGCGUUAAGGUUACGUUGUGAAGCUCAACAAUUCCUUUUACAAUUUACAGACAUGGAUUCUUUAAUAAUGUCUGCCGUGCAUAUAGAUAUGGGUAUUUCGGUUUCUCUUGAUUUACAAAUAAGAGAACUUCCGACAUAUAGAAUCGUCCCACGUAGGAGAAGGAGAAGAAGAAGAAGCAGUAGUAGAAAGAAUAAGGGAAGAAAGAGGACUGGUACAGCAGCAAGUGAUCAAAUAAGGAAAAUAUUCACGCUACCGUCCGAUUCCAACGCAAAAACCGACACGGGAGGGAAUGGAUUUUUUAAAUCUAAAUUGCAAAAAUUCUUUUCUGGUAAUAACGCUGCAACAUUAACAAAGGAUAUUAGCAAGACUGCACAAACAACAGAUUUGGCUCGUGACCAGGAGCAGCCAAUAAGACGUGAAAGCGUCAUUUCAAUUGGAUUUUCCGAUGAAGGUGAAGAACUUAUAGAUACAAAUGAAGAUGAGGAAGACCUACCUACAACUAAUGAUUCUGCCCAAUCCGUAUAUCAAGAGGAAGGAAUAUAUCCGGAUGAUGACGAUGAGGAAGAAGAAGAUGAAGAUGAUGGUGACGAGGAUGAAUAUUAUGCUUCCGAUAUUGAUAGUGAUGAUGAUUACAAAUGGUCUCCAACUUCGAAACAAACGUCGAGACGGAGAUAUGUUAGAGACUCUUUACGUUGCAUUAAAUCAAUGACAGAAAAUCAUAAAUGGGUUGGUAAAGUUGUUUUCUGCCCGACAAAGGCUCCUUCUUUUGAGACAAAUAAUUUACCUUUAUUUAUUGGGAAGGGACCACACGCUUCCACCGUUUAUGAUACUACAAAAAAUCACUAUUUGAAAGCUCAUGUUGUAGGUGCCUGGAGACUAAUCAAAGCAGGUAGCAAAAUAUAUGAUGCUUGGAAUGAACUUUACGAAUGA